AUGUCUCGAGCCUGUGUCCCGCUGGGAGUGCAGGUUUCGGAGGUGCAGAGUCUGACGGGGAAGGUGAGAGCAUUGCAGAGCGAUCUCAGGAGCCUACAAGAUAUCCUGAGGGACAGAGAGACAGCCAUGAGCGAGAAGGAGCAGAGAGUAACCCACCUUCAACAAGAGAGUCAGCUUCUGAUUCAGCAGACCGAGUGCCAGGAGGGGGUGCUGUCUCAGCUGUGCAGUGAGCUGCGGUGCUGCCAGUCUCAGCCGGAGGGGGAGGUCCAGCAGCUGGAAGUGGAGGUCUCUCGUCUGCAAGCUGAGCUGGAUUUGUGUAGUCAGGAGCAGCAAGACACAAUGGCCCGGCUGCAGCAGUAUCGGGCCACUGUGGAGAUGCUCAGCUCUGACCUGGAGGUGGCCCAUCGGCUGCAACAGGAGAUAGGGGAGGAGGUGGCGCAGUGUGAGUCCCGCUUGCACGCUCAGGAUUUGGAGGUGGUGCGGCUGCGCAGAAGUCUGCAGGAGGCGGAGUCUCGGGGGGCAGCGGCUGAGGCGCACGGUCAGUCCCUCUCAGACUCGCUGGAUGUUUACAAGCAGAAGUACCAGGCGUAUGUGAGCAAGGUGUCCUCACUGGAGAGUGGGCUGCAGAGCAGGGAGGAUGAGCUGAGGGAGGCCAGCGCACAGGUGUCAGAGCGUGACAAUGAGAUCCUGCGGCUACGCGCCGAGGCCCUAGUCUUGCGGAGGGAUAUGGAGUCACGCUGUGCCCAGCUGGAAAGUGGUGAUGAGGCCAUUGAGACAUUGAGCCAGGAGCUGAGAGAGAUGCAGAGUGAGCUGGAGAACAGCCAGAAACACGCAAGAGAGUGUGAGGAAGUGAUCUCGACACUGAGAGAGAGGACUGCGGCGCUGCACGCACGGGCAGAGGAGCAGAAGGAAGUCGCAGAGAAGCUCCAGGCUGAUUUCUCAGUGUACCGAGCAUCACAUGCAUGCUCUGACUCCGAGUACGACACACAGCUUUCACAUAACGAGCAGCUCAAACAGGAGCUGUCCUGUGUGCUGGAGCAGUGCAGUGAGCGUGCUCAGCAGGUGUCUGAUUACCAGGGGCUAGUCCGGGAGCUGAAGGAAGAGGUCAGCAGGGUCUCUGAGCAGAGAACCAGCAGCAUGAGAGGUGAAAUAGCACUGCAGUAUUACCUGGGAGGGCUGGGAGAGGUGCUCAGGCUGGAGGAGGAUGUGAGGCAGCUACAGGGAGAGAUGGGAGGCGAGGUUCAGAGGAGGCAGGGGGAGGUGGGGGCGCUGGAGCAUCGAGUCUCGAGACUGGAAGAUGACCUCAGGGAGGCACAAACACUGUGUGCUCUGAAAGAGCAGGCCACCCAGAAGAGACACAACCUCUUGAGGAAGUCUGAGACGAACUUACUGGAGGUUUCUGAGGAAAUCCGAAAGAAGUCAGUGGAGGCUAAGAGGCAGGCGACGACGGCACGCAGCCUCGAGUCAGAUGUGCAGAGACUGCAGCGUGAGACCCGGAAGAAAGAGAAUGGGAGCGCCGCCCUACAGGCUGAACUACAUCGGAUCAAAGAAGAGCUGAAGGAGGCACACGCGCAGUACCGGGAGACAGCCCAGGAGCUGGCUCGGCAGGAGGAGAAGGUGGUCCUGGCGGAGAGUGGCCAGCAGAGGGCACAGGAGCAGUUGGGGGAGCGCGUGGCGGAGGUGGUGCGUCUGGAGCAGGGGGAGUGGAGACUGCAGUCCGAGCUGCGCGGGCUCCGGGAGCGAGUUGCCAGUGCAGACCAGGAGAUUGAAGGAUCCAGGAGUCUGAUUGAGAAGCUCAAGGCCGAGGUCACUCAGAGCAAGCAGAGCCACCAGAGCACACUGCAGGAGGGGCUGAGGCACCAGCAGGGGGCGCAGCGGCUCGAGAUGGAGCUUGGCAGAAGCAAGGAGCAGCUGCAGGAGCAGGCAGAGAUGAGCCGUCGUCUUCGGGCAGAGUUGAGCCAGGAGCAGGCUCAGCAACAAGACCAGCAGAAGCGUCUGGAGAGCGGGCGAGAGCGAAUGAAUGGGCUGGAGAGAGAGAACGGGGAGCUCCGAGCCAGGCUGCACUCCACAGAGCAGCUGCUAAAGAAUAAGGAAAUGCAGAUGUCCAAUUUAAAGGACAGUGUUUCAGAGCUCCACAGCGCCUCCCAGCAGCAGCGAGAGGAGCAUGCUGCUUGCCAGUCACAGCUACAGCUUUCCAAGAGAGACCUGGAGGAGGCACAGAGUCAUAGCAAAAGGCACUGUGAAGAGGUGAGGCGAGGAGAGAUGUUGAGACAGAAGCUCACGGAAGAGGUGAGGCGAGGAGAGAUGUUGAGACAGGAGCUCAUGGAAGAGGUGAGGCGAGGAGAAGAUUUGAGGCAGGUGCUGAGUGAAGAGGUGAAGCAAGGAGAGGGUUUGAGGCAAAACCUCAGAGAAGACCAGAUGCAAGGCGUAGAAUUCAGGAAGAGCCUGAAUAAGAUCAUAACCAAAGACGUGCCAUUAAAACUAAACCAUAAAAAAAGAACGUGCAAGAAACAGCAACCAGGAGAGGUUGCACAGCACAGCAAGGACCUGCUGACAGAGCACAGGCAGGAAGUGAGGUACAGUGAAGAGGUGAAACAAGGUCUCUGUGAGAGAGGACACAGCAAUAGAGUGAAGAAAGGAGAGGACAUUGAAGUUGAGCAAGAAUAUAGAGAGAGGCAACAUAAGGCAAUGAAGCCAGAAAAGAGACAGACAGAGAGAGAGCAGUAUAACACAGGCAGAGAGAAGGGGAUGGGUAACCUAAAAUCUGCACAGAGCCAGAGAGUGCAGCCACACAUGCAGUCAGAGGUGAAGCAAGAGCAAGGCAUAGUGCAUACUGAAAAAAUCAGGCAGAAUGUGAAGCAAGAAAAUGAGAAGGAUAGUGAUUUCAGACAGGGGUGGGGAUUCAGUGAGAUGGAGAGACACCUGAGUCAGUUGGAUAGCGAGGAUGAGAGACAAGACCUGCAGUCAGAGCAGGGACAGAUCUGGCAAGGCCUCGUCCCUGUGGAGGUAAAGCUAGAAGAGGAGACGGGGGGAGAGGGGCACCCCAGUGAGCAGGAUGGCAGGGACAGGACAGAGAGACACAACGAGGAAAUGAGGAGGCAGGACCCAUGGUCUGCGCAGAAAGUGAGGCCAGAAAUUAAAUCAGAGCUGAGGGAGAAGAAUAGUCAGGGCCUGCCAGUGGAAAUGAGAGAGAAGCACAGUGAGAAAGUGAGCCAGGGAGGCAGCAAGCCACAGAGCUUCAAGCAGAUGAUGGAAGAAGUUAGACAGGAACUACAGAAAAGGAGGCCCAGUGAGGAGAUUAGCAGGUUCAAGGAGUCUGUGUCAAGGCUGGAGACAGCCCAGAAUAGGGCCAGGCAUGGGGCUCGAGAGCUGGCCUCGGCAGAACAGGCAGUCCGAGAGCUGAGGAUGGAGCUGACCUCUGCGCAGGGGGCUCACAAGGAGAGCAUGGAGCAGCUGAGCGAGCGGAGUUGGGAGGUGGCGAGCCUGCGCAAAGAGCUUGUCCGUUCCCAGCAGCGCAGUGUUCAGCUCGGGCAGGAGAAUGCUGCAUACGAGGAGAGAAUGAGGCGUCUCAAUGGGGAACUGAAGAGGCUGCAGAGCCUGAGCCAACACACACACAAUGAGACUGUGGUGGCCUGACUCCCUACACCAGACUUGCAUUAAAGCAACAACACAGCAACUUCCCAAACUGCACCACUGCUGUUUGAAGAACAAUCUGGAAGACUGAAGAACUAGCUUGUAUUUUACCACGCUGCUAUGCUGCUGUUUUACAGAACAUUCUUACCAUUUACCAAGCUGCACUGCUGUUACUGUUUUGUUUCAAUCUGCAAGUUCAAU